GUUUGAUUUCAAUACAUGUCUUUAUUAUCACUUUUGAGUUUUGGUCCCCUGUUGUUAAUUCUCUUAGAAUCAAUUACACGUAAUUUCCUUUGGGUCAAUGGAAGUCAUAAGCCAUUUGAGUUACUUUUGUGCUGUAGUUGUGGGGCGAUGACACAUGAUACAAAGUCGUGCAUGGAGAGACCAAGGAAAUUGGGAGCAAAAUGGACAAACAAGCACAUAGCACCUGAUGAGAAAAUAGAAGCUUUUGAGCUGGAUUAUGAUGGAAAACGCGAUCGUUGGAAUGGAUAUGAUCCGUCCACUUAUGCUCGUGUUAUUGAGAGAUAUGAAGCAAGAGAUGAGGCCAGAAGGAAAUACCUAAAAGAGCAGCAGCUGAAGAAGUUAGAAGAGAAAAACAAUAACCAGGAUGCUGCUGAAGUUGAGGUUAGUGACGAGGAGGAUGAUGAAGAUGCCUUGAAGAUUGAUGAAGCCAAAGUGGAUGAGAGCAAACAGAUGGACUUUGCAAAAGUGGAGAAACGUGUUCGUACCACAGGUGGUGGAAGCACAGGAACCGUCAGGAAUCUCCGUAUUCGAGAGGACACAGCAAAAUACCUUCUGAAUCUCGAUGUCAAUUCUGCACAUUAUGAUCCAAAAACCCGGUCUAUGCGUGAGGAUCCUCUUCCUGAUAGUGAUCCGAAUGAAAAGUUCUAUGAGGGUGACAACCAGUACAGAGUCAGUGGGCAAGCAUUGGAGUUCAAGCAACUCAAUAUUCAUUCUUGGGAAGCUUUUGAGAAAGGACAGGAUAUCCACAUGCAGGCAGCUCCUUCUCAAGCUGAGCUUCUGUUUAAGAAUUACAAGGUUAUUAAGGAGAAGCUGAAGUCCCAAAUGAAAGACACCAUCAUGGAGAAGUAUGGCAAUGCAGCUUCUGAAGAGGAACUUCCAAGAGAGCUUCUCCUUGGACAAAGUGAGAGAGAGGUUGAAUAUGAUCGUGCUGGUAGAAUUAUAAAGGGCCAGGAGACAUCCCUUCCAAGGAGCAAGUAUGAAGAAGAUGUUUAUAUCAAUAACCACACAACUGUUUGGGGUUCGUGGUGGAAGGAUCAUCAAUGGGGCUACAAAUGCUGCAAGCAAAUUAUCCGGAACAGCUAUUGUACAGGCUCUGCUGGAAUUGAGGCCGCUGAAGCUGCUGCUGAUCUCAUGAAGGCUAAUAUGGCUCGUAAAGAAGCUACAGAAGAGAAGCCCGCAGCAGUGGAAGAGAAAAGGCUUGCUACAUGGGGAACUGAUGUUCCUGAGGAUUUGGUUCUUGACCAAAAGCUACUUGCUGAAGCCCUCAAGAAGGAGGAUGAAAGAAAGAGGGAAGAGAGAGAUGAAAGAAAGAGAAAAUACAACGUGAAGUGGAAUCAUGAGGUGACCGCGGAGGACAUGGAGGCUUACAGAAUGAAGAAAGUCCACCAUGAUGAUCCAAUGAAAGAUUUUCUGCACUGAUCUGGAUACUGGUCUCCUUAAAGUGGUUGGUUGCGCUGCUCCUGGGCAUGCGGCUUUCAGAGCUUCUGAACCUUGCUCCGUGCAUGCCACCCCACCAAACAAGGAGAAACCACAUCAACUUUGGCAUUUAUCCUUCUCACUUGCCAAGUAGAAAUCUUGGAUGUUGUAUAUAAACAUAUGGAAGCAAGGGUUUACAUGGCAGUUUUUUCUCCCUGUAUUGGAAUGUUCUCUUAAAUGAGACAUGACCUUAGGUUUGUAUGGACUAUGGAGUCAAUUUACCAAAAACAGGAUGGAGAAAUAAUUUCUGAUGUAGAAAAGAGUUGCUUGA